GAGAAACAAACAGGAUCAUCAGUAAAGACCACAGCCAAGCCCCAACAAUGGCAACUAACCAAGCCCUCAAAGUCGACGAAGGCACCCCAGGCCGCGAAAGCAAGCGAACCAAAAUCAUCCAAUCCAAGGUCUCAAGUCGCAGCUUGCCACGAGCGCCAACAUGGUGUGGGAAGAUCAGAAGCUGAGAGACGAGAUCCAUGGGCUCAAGUCGCAGCUUGCCACGACCGCCGAGAAGACGAAGGAGGACUGCAAGGCCAAAGAAGCGACAUCGUUUGUGAUAUCAUCCUUGAAUUCGCAGCUUGCUGCGAGCACCGAGAAGAGGAGGGAAGAUCAAGAGGCCAAGAACAACGCUGCAGAAGUCGCCGAGAACUACAAGCAGAAGUUGGAGGUGAUGGAGCUGAUCCGUGGAGAGCAGGCUCGAGCGAUCACACAACUCGAAAAGAAGACCACAAGGCUAAAAAGGCCGCUGCCGAGUUGGUUACUGUUGCGAAAACCGAGCUGGAAAUGUCACAAUGGCAGCUGGAAGAGAGCCAGAAGUCGACCACCGCGAUGGAAACAGGCCUAGGCGAGGCGAAAAGGCAGUUGGCGGGAAGUCAAAAGUUGAUCG